CAUUCGGUUAUUGAGGGAAGUUUCAAACUUCCAUCUUGUCAACUUUGGUCCUUCAACUUUGUAACCGCCACUUACUAAUAAAUCUAAACUAUCUAUCUAACUAUUAACUAAUUACAUAAUAAACCCUAAUACUUAUAGGAUGUGAAGAGAUUAUGAUUUCAACCAUGACUCUCCAAAUUAUGAACUCUACCUCUCAUCCCCUCCAUCUUUGUCACCUCAAAAAAUCAACCUUAAUCAUCAACAGACUAUACAUACUCUUCCACUCCAUAGCAAUACUCAUCCUCAUCUUCUUCAGAAUCUCCUCUAUUCUCACUCUAUUUCACUCCAAAAACCAACCACUCAUCCCUCAUCUCUUGAUCUUCAUCUCAGAACUCACACUCUCCUUCCUAUGGUUCCUCAAUCAAUCUUUCUAUUGGCGACCGGUCACCAGAACCGUCUUCCCAGAGCGGUUGCCAGAAGACGACCAGCUUCCACCCAUAGACAUCUUCAUAUGCACAGCUGAUCCAAGGGCAGAACCGCCACUCGGGGUUAUGAACACGGUCAUAUCCGCCAUGGCUUUGAACUAUCCUGCAGAGAAGCUUUCUGUUUAUCUUUCUGAUGAUGGUGGUUGUCCGGUGACUUUGGAAGCCAUGCGUGAAGCUUUGAAGUUUGCUAAGAUGUGGGUGCCUUUCUGCAAGAAGUAUGGUGUGAAGACAAUUUGUCCCGAAGCUUAUUUUACUAGUGAGGAGGACGUAGAUGAAGCUAUGGUGGAUAGUCAUGAGUUUGGAGCUGAUAAACAUAGGAUUAAGGAAGAAUACAAAUUGUUUGCUCAGAAAGUGACCAGGAUGUCGGAAAGUGAAAGUUGUAUACCAAACAAAGACCAUUCUGCCAUCGUUGAGGUGAUGGUUGAUGAAAGCAUGCAUGACCAAAGAAAGAUGCCUCUUCUUGUCUAUGUUUCUCGUGAAAAAAGACCUUCUCAUCCUCAUCAUUUUAAGGCUGGAGCCCUCAAUGCCCUUCUCAGGGUGUCGAGUUUGAUAAGCAAUUCACCGUAUAUACUAGGCUUGGAUUGUGAUAUGUAUUGCAAUAACAAAAACUCAGCACGUGAAGCUAUGUGUUUCCAUCUAGACCCCAACUUAUCUUCCUCUUUGGCUUUUGUCCAAUUCCCACAAACAUUUCAUAACAUCAGUAAACAUGAUAUCUACGAGAGUCAGUUGAGAUGUUUCUUUAAGACAUUCUGGCUCGGUAUGGAUGGGAUCAAGGGACCAUGUUUGUCUGGAACUGGUUAUUACUUGAAAAGAGAAGCACUAUACGAGCUACCCUUAACGCAAGAAGAUAUCAACUUAAUGGAAGUAAAACAAUGUUUCGGUUCUUCCAACGAGUUCAUUCGAUCGCUUUUUAAGAAAUACAAUGCAAAAGUACUGGAUUGUGAGAAAGACUUGUUUGAUGAAUCGUUGCAAGAAGCAAAGCACUUAGCAUCUUGUGCGUACGAGGAUGACACAAAGUGGGGCAACGAGGUUGGUUUUAGAUACUUUUCCGUGACUGAAGACUUCUACACAAGCAUCCAUACGCACUGUAAACAUUGGAUUUCAGUCUACCAUAUGCCAUCACGACCAACCUUUUUAGGAUCUUGCAUCACAAAUUUAAACGAUGCUUUGAUUCAAAGCACAAGAUGGUCUGCCGGCUUGAUGGAAGUUGGUCUAUCAAGAUUCUCUCCCAUUAUUUAUGGACCAACAAGAAUGCCUAUUCUUCAGAGUUUUUGUUAUGCAUGGCUGGCUUUGUUUCCUACCGCUUUCAUUUCUUUAUGGAUUCUAGCAACUAUUCCAUUUCUCUCUUUGCUCAGUCACAUUACUAUUUAUCCCAAGGUUACAGACCCAUUUUUCCUAGUGUUUCUAUAUGUGUUUGUAUUAUCAAAUUUACAACACAUGAGGGAGAUCCACUCUAUAGGAGCUUCACUCCAAACAUGGAAAUAUGAACAAAGGGUAUGGAUGAUAAAGGGAAUCACAUCUCAUCUUUAUGGAAGCACUCAUGCAAUUAUGGAAAAACUUGGGGUGAAAGAAGCAAAUUUCCUACCAACAAAUAAAGUGGUCAAUGAAGAUGAAGUAAAACUACACCAAAUGGGCAUAUACAAUUUCCAAACUUCAAGUAUCUUUCUUGUUCCCCUUUGUUCUUUGGUCACCCUCAAUCUUCUAGCAUUCGUAGUCGGGAUCAUUCAAAUAGUGCUUCAUGGAGAGUACGUUGAUGCAAUCUUCAUACAAACUUUCCUGACGUUUUACAUCGCUUUGAUGGGUUAUCCGGUGCUCGAAGGUAUGAUGUUGAGGAAGGACAAAGGAAGGAUUGCAACCAAAGUAAGUUGCUACUCACUUAUAUUUUCUGUUUUUGUUCUGUCUUUUGGAAGAUUUCUUGUUGCAUAUUAAAUAUUAGUUUUGGUUGAAAAUCAAUAAAACACAUAAUUGUGACAUUUGUAAGAUACUGAUUAUUAUGUACUUUGUUGGUAUCAAUUGUGACUACUUUGUAUUAAUUGAUGUUGUAUUUGAUACACUG